AUGGAGAAAGAGCGAAGGGUUCCCACGAUUGCAGAAGCCGCAGAAACAUGCCUUAGAUCAUUCAACGAAUGUUUAGGACAGCUCAAGAUCCUCGAUGCUAGAGAGCAAUUAUUACUGGAAGAUCAACUUGGACGGUUCUCGAUAUGGGCUUCCAACAUUGGAGCCUUUGCGCCGCGCAGAGCAUCUCUUGACCAUCGACUUCGAUUGGCCCCGGAUGUACAGCGCUUGGUUCGAGGAUUGCUUCAGACACUGAAUGAUCAUAUUCGAAGCGACAUAUCUCCAAUAUCGAGAUCCUCGCCGGAAAACUCGACUAAGGCUUCAAAGAUUGCAAAUAUCGAUCUAACACCAAUCUCGAAGGAUCUGAACCUUCUUCACCGGCUUUCAAAUACUAUUCGAAAGGCCAGUCGCAACAGCCAGAAUCUCAGAGCCGCGACAAAUUUCAAAAUUACAGAUGAAGAAGGAAACGACGUGGGACUAGUCUUUCGGGAUCUGUUUGCCAGUCAGUUGAUUCAAAUGAAGUUUCCAGACUGCAGCGAAACUAUUAGAGAUAGACUCGCCUCCGCAAUGCUGCUGCGUCGGAAGCGAAUUCUCUAUCGACGAUCUCGAUAUGGUCCCUUAGUAAACAAAGAAUCAGGAAGCCCACCGAAAAUUGAACAGCCUGUAGCGGACAAAACUGAAAAAAUUGGAAAGCCCGCUCUUUCAAAGGGAAAAUCCGUUCAAAGUGAAUCUGGAUCUCGAGCCAUUACUACGGCCACAACCGUAACUUCAGAGCAGUUCAGAAAGGCAUCCUCCCCUUCCGUUAUCGCAAGGCCAAAGACCAUCCGCCUCAGCGGUCAGGAGGAGGCGUUCUUUCCUCCCGCUCCUAAGGGGCGUAUACUUCAAAAGCUCAAAAAUGUCAGGGAUGACUAUGAAGCAAGUCACAAGGCACAUCUGAUGUCUCUUGAACACUAUGAUCUCUACAUGCAACACAAUGGCCAACCGCCAUUGGACUCCGAUGACCUAGACCAAUUGAAAAGCAGCAUUUCAGAUGCUGAGAGUCAUCUAAAGGAAAAAAUCGAAAUUGAAACGAAAAAGUGUCUUGAGAGCACAGAGGUGGUUUGUCCUUAUUGCUGUUGCACUUUGUCAGGAACUGAUGUCAUGACGGAUCAUAAGUGGAGAGGACAUGUCAAGCACGACUUGGACGCAUAUGUCUGCUUGUUCGAAAAUUGCAAUCAAGGGGACACCCUUUACAGCCACAGUGAGGAGUGGCUCGCACAUAUGCGCGAGCAUAAGAUACGCUGGCGUUGCACAGCUAGGGCUCACGGCAUUUUUGUCUUCAAAAACCAGGAAGAGUACCUUGAUCACAUUCGGAGCAAGCACAAAGGGACUGAAACCCAGCUCCACUUUCUUGCUGAUCCUAGUAGCCGAUCGUCUGGUCCGAUAUUUGAAUUCUGUCCAUUGUGUGGGAUCUCACAAUUGAAUAUCUCGUUGGAAGACCAUAUUGCAGCUCAUCUCCGGUAUCUUGCUCUUAAAUCAUUGCCCUUUGUGGAUGAUGAUCAUGAGCACCAGGCCUCAGAUAUGUCAGUGCAUUCCAGCGCUGGCAUGGAAAGCCGUAGCACAAUAGCUGAAGAUUCCGAAUACGGCCUACCUCUAGAGUUUGGCGACAGUCCCAAAAUCAGGGUAGAGCAGAAUGACCUCGCUCCCCCGGAAGGUUCGCAGGAAGCUCAAAAUAUUGACAGCCGUCCGCAACCAGGUAUCAUCGAGGAUGAGGAAAGACGAGAUUCGAUUGUUGACGACAAGCCACGACAGCCAGCCUCUCUUCAUUCGUCGACAGAUAGGGAUCUUCCAGGGAAGGGUGUUUCCCAUCUAGAAACUCAAACGGCACCCGUAAAAGAAGAAACUUCCAAAUCUACUCACGAGGUACCCCUCCAAGAAGUCCAUAUCUCCCGCAGCAAAAAGCCUCGCAGCAGUCGCCCGUGCACCUAUCAUGCGAACAACCGACCGUUAAGCUUUCGUGGUAGAAUUCCCGGGAUAGAUGGUGGCUUUAUGUAUCCUCCCAGUAAUAUAGAUCGCUACGAGCAUAGGCCCCUUCGAGCCUCAACUGCCUACACUACUACACCAGAUUAUUCUCCAUACGCCUACGAGCAUAGGCCCCUUCGAGCCUCAGCCGCCUACACUACUACACCAGAUUAUUCUCCAUACCCCUACGAACAUGGGGCCCCUCUAUCUUCAUACGCCUACUCCAAUGCGCCAAUCCAUCGUCCAUUUCUCUACACCCAGCCGUCCCCGCAUUUUACCGCCAUGUCCGAGUAUGUUCCGCCCCAUCACCAAGAACAGUCAGCCUCCGGGAGGACACAGGAUGGAGGAGGGAAAUGGCGCCCAUUUCCUUCUUGGCCACCCGUUGUUGACUACGGUCCGCCCUCGGUGUAUGAGAAUGAUGAGGUCUUGGACCUCGGGAGGCCCCGCGCAUCCCAAGAUGUAUCGUUAGAAGAAUUGCCUGUCAAUGAAUCGACAGUCCAGGCUAAAAACAGCCAGUCUGGUAAUCCGCGACUACAUCAAGCAUACGAACGGGAUUUCCCGGGCACAUGCUGUGAAUGCGACCAAGGUCUUUAUCACCAACGUACUGAUAAUGUUGCGGCGCCCAGUUUUGAUCGUGGUGGUACUUCUGAUGUGCAAGGAGCGUUCCAUCAACAAAAAUACAACGACGAUGGCUCUUCACCCGUCAUAAAGAACGUGCAUACUGCUCUGCAGUCAGGGGCUGGCAGUGGCACUGGAAGUCACAACAGUCGAUUAAUCACUACACAGAGAAGCCUCGGCCCCAGUAGCCCGCCGGCUCCCAACUUCAAAGCCUUCAGCACCCCACUUGAGCAAGUACAAGCACUUUCAGUACACUUUCAAAGAGGGCUGCUGCCACUUUGCGAUGAUUAUAUUGCCAAUGCCCCAAUCGAUCCUAAAUCGCGUGAAUUUGAGAAUGAGAAGUUGAGCCAGAUGAUUCUAGCGCAAGUGAUCCUUAGGGCAGAUGCUAUUGAGCCCGAUGGGAACACAGACGCUCGAAACGCACGUAGGAUACUUGUCAAGGAAGCGUAG